AUGUCUGGAGCCCCUCACCCCAUGUUCGCCCAGGAAUCCACGGGAAUAUCCGGAACCUCCUCACCCCUACCACCGCGCCUCACCCUCACUCCCAAGGUGAUUUUUACGGGUAUAAAGGGUCUUGACACCCUCCUUUCGGGGCCACGGCUUGGAGAGACGCGAGUCCUCCGUGGCCAGCGAUCCAAUCAGGGACGUUGGGCCGGGAACGGUCCAAUCAGGAACGCAGCUGGAGCAACCAGGACGGUUUCCUGGUUUGGCGCGGCCUUUGUCUCUUGCUGCAGCCGCAGCUCCGGGUCCCGUCUUCUCUGCUCUGUGUCUUCUCCUCCUAGAGGCCCAGCCUCGUGGCCCUGUGACCUGCAGGAACCAUUGGAAUUUAUGGAUGUGGCCAUAGAAUUCUCUCUGGAGGAGUGGCAUUGCCUGGACACUGCACAGCGGAAUCUGUAUAGGGAUGUGAUGUUGGAGAACUACAGAAACCUGGUCUUCCUUGGUAUUGUUGUUUCUAAGCCAGACCUGAUCACCUGGCUGGAGCAAGGAAAAAAACCUUUGACUGUGAAGAGACGUGGGAUGAUUGCCGCACCCCCAGGUAUGUCUUCUCAUUUUGCCCAAGACCUUUUGCCGGAGCAGAGCAUGAAAGAUUCUUUCCAAAAAAUGAUACUGAGUAGAUGUGAAAAAUAUGGAUAUGACACUUUACAGUUAAAAAAUGUCUGUGAAAGCGUAGCCUGGUGUCAUGUGCACAAA